UUAGCCAUUGGUACUGGUCUGGUAGAGGUAGUAAAUUAAGUAGAGUAACUGAUGAAAUCUGAGAACUGAGGCUUUAUCUUAACUUCGGUAAGGGCCUCUCUGAGUGUUUCCAACUUUUUUCUGUUCACGGUUAUGUUUUGCAAGUUAUAAUUGUGCGUAAUUUGGUUGAGAAAUUGAAUAUAAUAACCUGUUCUGUGUUUUCUAAUUGAAUUGUAUUUACGUGUAAUAUGGCGACCAAAGAGUAUUAUUAUUCUGAAAUUAAGGAAGAAAUUGAGAAUGACAAUGCAUCUUUGAUAGUAAUUAAUAACAUUGUAUACAAUGUUACAGACUUCCUGAACGAGCAUCCUGGUGGAGAAGAGGUUUUAUUGGAGCAGGUGGGAAAGGAUGCCACUGAAGCUUUUGAAGAUGUUGGACAUUCUUCAGAUGCAAGAGAAAUGAUGAAGAAAUACAAAGUUGGAGAACUUCAUGAAUCAGAGAAAACAUCAAAGGAUGAGAAGCUACCAACAGCAGUACCUUUGACUAAUUCAGCAGAUGGCGAUAGUUCCUGGAAAUCUUGGCUACUUCCUAUUGCCAUCGGACUUCUGGCUACUGUUGCUUAUCGAUUUUUCUUCCUGAGCCAAUAAAGAAGAAAAUUAGUUCCUCACUAUAAUUCUUAACCAUCAAGAUAACAGUUAUUUUUGAGCUGAGUUAAAAAGUUAAAACACGGGUUAUACUCCCUCCUGCAACAAGUAUUAGGUUAAACCAUGUUAUAUGUUGAAUAUUAUUUACUAUGAAAUUACAACUGUUAGCACAAAUGAGAUUUCUUAAUUGUUUUCAUUGUAAGCGGUUAUAUUUCAAUGUAAUAAUUUAUCAUUGUGCUUGUAAUAUCAAAUUAUAUAUACAUAUAUAUUUUUUAAAGAUAUAUUUGAACAUGUAGAUGGAAGUAAAUUUUAAGACACAUUCCUGAACACAAAAUGUACCUAAUAGAAUGUUUUGUCAUUGAAAAUAAUAGAUUAAGUUUAUCUUGUAAUAAUAAUUUAUUGCAGCUGAGAAGAGUUUUAUAUAAUUAAAACCACUCUACUUCCUUCUCUUUUUCUGUCUUGGUGUGAAAAAAUAUGGUGCUUUACAAAAGUUAAACAUUGUGUACCCUAAAUUCUAACAUUUGCCGUAAUAGUAAAAAAGGUUUUGAUACCUACCUUGGAAUUUAACAGAUAUGGGUCCAUUUAGAUUAAUUAGUUUACAAUACAAUCACAGAGAGGAUUUAAACAUAAGACUAUUCAUAAAUUUAAGAUGCUAUAUAUAUAAAUAUUAUACAUAAAGUAGAAUUUAAUUAAAUGUAUAUCCUUACCAUUGUCUGUUGUAAUAUUGUUAUAGAUCAAUAAAACUUUCUGAUUUAAUAUUUUAA